AUGUUACAGCAGUGGGUUGUGUUCUUGUCUUUCAGUCUCGUUUUCUCCAUUCAUUCUUCUUGUAUUUCGCUCCCCCUUUUCCCCUUUCACUCUUCUUGUCUUUCGCUCCCUUUUUCCCCUUUCACUCUUCUUGUCUUUCGCUCCCUUUUCCCCCUUUCACUCUUCUUGUCUUUCGCUCCCUUUUUCCCCUUUUCACAUUUUUGUCUUUUCGCUCCCCCCUUUUCCCAUUUCUUUUUCUGCUUGUCUCCCCCCUUUUCCCCUUUCUUUUCUUCUUUCUUCUUGUCUUUCGCUCCCCUUUUUCCCAUUUCUUUCUUCUUGUCUCCCCCUUUUCCCAUUUCUUUCUUCUUGUCUUUUCCUCCCCCUUUUUCCAUUUCCUCUUCUUGUCUUUCGCUCUCUCUUUUCCCAUUUCAUUUCUUCUUGUCUUUCGCUCCCCUUUUCUCCAUUCCUCUUCUUGUCUUUUUUCCCCUUUUUCCCAUUUCUUUCUUUCUUGCUUUCUCCCCCUUUCCCCUUUUUUCUUUCUUCUUGUCUUUCUCUCUCUUUUCCCAUUCUUUUCUUCUUGUCUUUCGCUCUCUCUUUUUCCCAUUUCACUCUUCUUGUCUUUCGCUCUCUCUUUUCCCAUUUCACUCUUCUUGUCUUUUUCGCUCUCUCUUUUCCCAUUUCUUUCUUCUUUCUUUUUGUCUCUUUUCCCAUUUCUCCCCUUUUCUCCUUUCCCCCUUCUUGUCUUUCGCUCCCCCUUUUCCCAUUUCACUCUGCUUGUCUCCCCCCUUUUCCCCUUUCACUCUUCUUGUCUUUCACUCCCCCUUUUUCCAUUUCCUCUUCUUGUCUUUUCUUUCUCUUCUCUUUUCCUUUUUCUUGUCUUUCCUUGUCUUUUUCCCAUUUCUUUUUCUUGUCUUUUUUCCUCUCUUUUCACUCUUCUUGUCUUUCGCUCCCCUUUUCCCAUUUCCUCUUCUUGUCUUUUCCCCCCCUUUUCCCUUUCACUCUUCUUGUCUUUCGCUCUCUCUUUUCCCAUUUCACUCUUCUUGUCUUUCGCUCUCUCUUUUCCCAUUUCUUUCUUCUUGUCUUUCGCUCUCUCUUUUCCCAUUUCUUUCUUCUUGUCUUUCGCUCUCUCUUUUCCCAUUUCUUUCUUCUUGUCUUUCGCUCUCUCUUUUCCCAUUUCACUCUUCUUGUCUUUCGCUCUCUCUUUUCCCAUUUCACUCUUCUUGUCUUUCGCUCCCCCUUUUCUCCUUUCACUCUUCUUGUCUUUCGCUCCCCCUUUUCCCAUUUCACUCUGCUUGUCUCCCCCCUUUUCCCCUUUCACUCUUCUUGUCUUUCACUCCCCCUUUUUCCAUUUCACUCUUCUUGUCUUUCGCUCUCUCUUUUCCCAUUUCACUCUUCUUGUCUUUCGCUCCCCCUUUUCUCCUUUCACUCUUCUUGUCUUUCGCUCCCCCUUUUCCCAUUUCAUUCUUCUUGUCUUUCUCUCUUUUUUUCUUUCUUCUUGUCUUUCGCUCUCUCUUUUCCCAUUUCACUCUUCUUGUCUUUCGCUCUCUCUUUUCCCAUUUCUUUCUUCUUGUCUUUCGCUCUCUCUUUUCCCAUUUCUUUCUUCUUGUCUUUUUCUCUCUCUUUUCCCAUUUCUUUCUUCUUGUCUUUCGCUCUCUCUUUUCCCAUUUCUUUCUUCUUGUCUUUCGCUCUCUCUUUUCCCAUUUCUUUCUUCUUGUCUUUUUCGCUCUCUCUUUUCCCAUUUCUUUCUUCUUGUCUUUUGCUCUCUCUUUCCCAUUUUCACUCUUCUUGUCUUUCGCCCAUUUCAUUCUUUUCCCAUUUCUUUCUUCUUUUCUUUCGCUUCUUCUUUUCCCAUUUUUUUCUUCUUCUCUUUCGCUCUCUCUCUUUUCCCAUUUCAUUUUCUUCUUGUCUUUUCGCUUUUCCUUUUUCUUCUUGUUUUCAUUUCAUUUCAUUCUUCUUGUCUUUCGCUCCCCUUUUCCCAUUUCAUUCUUCUUGUCUUUUCGCUCCCCCUUUUUCCUUUUUUCAUUUUCCUCUUGUCUUUCGCUCCCCCUUUUCUCCUUUCACUCUUCUUGUCUUUCGCUCCCCAUUUUCCCAUUUCAUUCUUCUUGUCUUUCGCUCCCCUUUUCCCCUUUCAUUCUUCUUGUCUUUCGCUCCCCCUUUUCUCCUUACACUCUUCUUGUCUUUCGCUCCCCAUUUUCCCAUUUCACUCUUCUUGUCUUUCGCUCCCUCUGUUCCCCUUUCGCUCCUUUUUUUACCCUUUCACUCUUCUUGUCGUCUUUUGCUCCCCCUUUUAAUUUCUUGCCUUUUUCCGCUGUCCUUUCCCACCUUUCACUCUUGUCGUCUUUCUUCCUUACUUUUCCCUUACACUAUAAACCCGAAGCAAAAAUUCGGAAGCCGUCAAAUGGGGGGAAAUUGAUCACCUUUUGUGAAUUCUUUCUCCCUCCCCCAUCUAUCUAUCUAUCUAUCUAUCUAUCUAUCUAUCUAUCUAUCUAUAUCUAUCUAUCUAUAUAUAUAUAUAAUUAG